CCCUCUGCUGUAUCCACUUGGACAGGACCACAUGUGAGACAUUAAUUAGGUCAUCACUCUCUGGCCCAGGCUGAACAAGGCCACUCCAUGCCUCUAUGACCCCCUACCAGUGAGGCUCUUGAUGUCUUGGGACCAUCACGAGGGUGACUCUGAAGCAGCUGCCACAUCACUGAAAAGCCUACUUUGGCACGGGUGAAGAUGUUUAAAAGCUGUGUCCCUGGAGCUCCCUGAUCUGCUUACAGGCAGUCGCACUGAAGAGUUUCCCAUGAUCCACAGGCCAGGACUCUCCUAACAAAACCAGCCCAGGACGAAAAGUAGGGGGAGAGCCAGUCUCCUGCAGGCUCAGCAGCACAACAUAGGAUCACAGCCUGAUCACAGCCCGGCCCACUGGUACACCUUGGAUCUCCCUGGACACCUGCCUGCUGAGGAUACAGACCUCCAAGGAAAGGACGUGAGGUCAAUGCCGAGAGACGAUAGAGAAAGCUGAUGUACCAUGAACACAGAGGGCUCCAGCCUUCCCAGCCCUCCAACCUUUCUUACGACCCCAGCCACUUCUGGGACUUCCACCCAGUCUGCCGACCCUGUACCGAUUCUCAUUGCCCUGGCCUGCAUUUUUCUACUCCUGGCCUCUUGCCUGCUGUUCAUGAUGCUGUGUAAGCCAACUGCCCUGGACCCUGGCCGCCGAGGUGCCCGGGAAUGCAUGCCACAUCACCCAGCGAGCCCCAGUGAGCCCAGGCUCCGGCUCUGGAAGCGCCUGGGCUCGCUGCGACGCUCUCUGCACAGCUUCCGACGAGGCAGGCCCGCUAUCCAGCGGAGUCCUCUGCCGGGCCUCCAUGACCACCAAGGUGACUAUGACUGGACCGAAGCCACCAAGAUGUGACACAGUGCCCAUCCACACGUGGGCUCAGCCAAGACCAUCCCACCUCUGAUGAAACCUGGCAUCACAGGCCAUAGGACAUACUCUGGACCCCAAAAGCACCCCAGUCUUUCCCUCUGUGUCUAGUCUAUGUCCUUUCCCAGGAGACUCUGAAGGCUCCUGAUUCUGUGUGCUAACAGACCUUUGGAUCAAAAGAUGAAUAUCCAAAGGCCUUUUAGCCCUUUCCUCUGGGGCUCUGAGGUAUAGCUUGGGGCACUGGAGCACCCAUUUUGGAAGCAAGGUAUAUACUAAUCUUAGGAAUAGCAUCUUUGGUCCUCCAGAAACCUGGUUUAUCUUCUGACGAUCCAGCUUAAACCAGCUGCUAAGAGGUUCAGAUGUCUCAGCUAGUAGGAUGCUUGUAUCUGUGCUAGCCCAAGGAAAGGGACUCGGGCAUCUUUCUUGACCUUCCUGCCCCUUCUGUUGGGUCUUGUUCAUUGCCAGCUAGGGCACUGGUAAGGAUCAAAUCAUGAGCAUCCUUCAGUGGCACCUGUCAGGAUAGCUUGGGAAGACUUGGAGAUGGAUGAAGAUGUUUCCUGUACGCCGAAUGUGGGAAGAUCACACUUGUAAUCCCAGCAUUCAACGGGCCGAGGUAGGAUUGUCUAAGGCAGCCUGAGCUAAACGUGAAAUCACAAUGCCAAUUUAAAAUCAAGACAAGUGAGACAAACACAAACUAAGCUGCUGUCCAAGGCUAGGUGGAGGCUGAGUCACCGUGGCGGGAGGCUAGCCACUGUCAGCACCAGAGGCGAUGUCACCUGGACUCUGAGGAUGCAGUGGUACCAAGUCUCACCGGGGAAGAGGUGGCCUCCUCUCAGAUUGUGUGAACCAGACCUCCUAGGACAGCUGGAGGAUCAAGGCUGGAUGGCACUAGCUGUGCUCUCUGUGGUGUUGCAACAACUUCAUCAAGAGACAGGUCAAAGCAGGCCCACUCCAGUAUGGUGUGGGCUGUUGGGAAUCAUCCCUUCUCUCACUCACCCUCUCCGGUCAAGGCCUUCCGCAUCUUAGACUUGAAAAUGGGGCGGAGGGAACCUGAGAUGUUUAGCUCCUGUCGAGGAGUCAAGUGAUCCAGGAGCCAAUCACAGGACUGCCUACCCGACCCAAGUCUUCCCAAGGACCAAUCUCUGGUUUUGCUGUUACCUGGUUCAGAGCCAUCAUUGUCUCCCAUGUGGCCACUGGGUGUACCCGCUCCACAGAGUGCAGCAGGAUCUGGGCACGAGCUGCAAUUUAUAUUUCACACCUCAUCCUGACCAGACACUUGAGGCAACUGAAUGAUACUGUCCUCUCUGUUUAUGGUUUAUGCUUUACUAGUAGCAGUGUUUCGAAGCAUUCUUUGUUUUCCAAUAGAACUACCCUCUCUCU